UCUUGGACCCUGCUCCUCCCCGAUGGUCCCAGUUCGUGUUCCGAUGCAAUUGGUCCGUUUCUUCCCCCACUCCCCGCAAUUUCUUCCCAACGGCGUCGCCUGCGCAUGUCGUCGUCCCUCCCGCCGAGAUUGUGUUGUAGGCUUUGUAACGAAUGCUCGGGUUUGAAAACUCGUCCAGCGCGGUGGUAGAUUGCUUGGGUUGAAACCAGAAAAAGGGCGGGAAAGUGAUUGUUUACGCUUGGUUUCGGUUUCGUGGGCAAUGGCGAUCAGGGACGAGGAGAGGGUGUGAUCAGUUUUUUUUGUUUUUGUUUUUGUGUUAUUUUUUUGUGGUGUCAUGAAGGUCUGAAGGAUUGGAGGUAGGGGGUGGCAUGAUGGUUUUAGGGUUUCAGGGUUGGGAUUCUUCUAAGCGAAGUUGUGUCCUGUUGGGGUUGAGAGAAGGGAGGAGAGGAGGUGGAUGUUCUGGAGUGUUCGUUAGGGUUUGAAGUAGCGGCGUGUGUGUGUGUGUGUAUGGUGGCGAAGAAAUUGGCCGGGAUGACAAGGAGAUGGAGUGCCGCGGUUCAUUUCUUUAUGCAUCGCAUUCUAAAAGCACAAGCGGAUUGUGACGUUAGUGAAACGUUUUCGCUGAAGUUUUUUGGGGGUGGUCAGUAAGAAGAUUAGCGUGGCAGGUCAUGGUGAGCGUCGGGGACGUGGUGCGGGCUGUGGUGGAUCAUUACAGUGAGAAUUGGUGGAUUGUUGAAUUGGACCAGAGACGUUUAGAAUGCGACACAGAGUUUUACUUCUGCAAACAGGUUUUGUAGGGUCUUACAGAAAUGAGCUCAAGGAGUGUAGGGGGUAUGAGCAGCAGCGUUUACUGGAAAUGUAUAGCGGUGAAAUAUUCUGAGAAACGGAAAAUGGCACGUUUUCAACCUAAGCCCUCGGUUGCUACAUUUACAUUGUGUCCUUAGGAGGGUUAGGUCACGAAAUUAUAGGGUCGAAGAAACAUUUGAAUUGGGAGUGUGUAAGUAGGGGCGGGGAGUUGGUACUUGCCGCCUCGCUGGCUUGAGGAUUGAUGGAGUGCAACAGAGAUGAAGCAAUUCGGGCGAGGGAGAUUGCAGAGAAAAAGUUUACAAUGCAGGAUUUUGCUGGCGCUAAGAAGUUUAUUCACAAAGCUCAACAGUUGUAUCCUGCUCUCGAAGGUGUAUCCCAAUGGCUGGCUGUUAUAGAAGUUCACAUUGUGUCUCAAACGAAAGUCGGGAGCAGUAACAAUGAGACCGAUUGGUAUGGCAUCCUUCAGGUGGAGCCGACGUCGGAUGAUAGCACUAUCAAGAAGCAGUACCGGAAGCUCGCUCUACAAUUGCAUCCUGACAAGAACAAGUCAAUGGGGGCGGAGGCUGCUUUCAAAAUGGUUGGAGAGGCUUUUGGAGUUCUGUCUGACAAGGGUAAGAGAGGUUUGCAUGAUGUGAAGCGAGCUGGUGAGUCCAAGGCCUCACGUGCGCCGUCUCGUGUAAACGAACCAUCGAAAACUUCGUAUCCCGCUUAUCAUGCUCAGUAUCAAGCCGCUGCACAAGCAACACCUGGCCCUGGCCCUGGAACUGGCGCUCCAGCUCCGCAUCCAUCCCUCACCUUCUGGACGUCAUGCCCUGAAUGUCGAAUGCAGUACCAAUAUUUGCGCACUUACUUGAAUUAUCAACUUUUAUGUCAGAAAUGCCACAUACCCUUCCUUGCGAAGGACAUCAAUGCAGCACCUGUAAAUGGGGCCUCUUCGUUCGCCGCGUGGACACGUACUCCCGUAGACAAUAACGGUCCCAUCCCGCGCAGCGCAGCUCCCCCUGCUCCUAAAAGAGCCGAGCCAUUUAGUUUUCAGAACUGGACUACUCCUCGGACCAAUGGGUCUACAGGUAAUGUAGCUGGAAACGGACAUUCUCACGUCUCUGGGGAUGCUCAUGCGACGGGUGUUGGGGUCAAAGGACCAGGAGCUGCUGGAACUUCAGCAACAGCAGCAGCAGCUGCUGCAAGCCUGGUGCAGGAAGCAUAUAGGAAGGCCCAAAAAGACAGAGUGGAUGCUGAGAAGGAGUUGAAGAGGAAAGAGAAGGAGAAGGAAAAACUAUUGCGGCAGCGAGAAAAGGAGGCUUUAAGGAAGGCGCGUGAGGAGGCCAAGUCGAAAGAGGCUUUUGAUCGCUUGAUGAACAAGCGGAAGGAAACCAUUGAAAAAGAAGCCAAACGGCAAGCUGGUCGGAAAGAUUUGAGCAGGAAGCGACUUAGCAAGCGCAAAAGAUUAGGAGGCGAUGAUGAUGAUGAUGACGAUGAUGACAACGACGAGGAUGAGAAUGAGGACGAGGUCGGGAGUCCCACAGCCAAGUCAAAUCCUACGAGGAGAUCCUGUCGUCGCAAAAGGAAUGUGGCAUACGGACAAGACGGAAGUGACGAUGAUGAUUUUGUUCCUCCUUCGGAAGCAAAAAAACCCUCCAUAUCUGGUAAUGGUGGGGAGGUUGGCUGCGGUAGCACCUCAGAAAAGGGCAAGUCCAUGAUGGACUCCGAUGACGAGAUGUGGAUUGAAAGAGGUGCUGACAACAAUUGUGUGAAGGAAAGGGAUAGCGGAUCUGCAUUUGUGAACGAUACUAGACUGAAGGAUCCUUUGCAUGAACGUUUGGCUGAGAGGUUCAGGAGAGACCUUGCAGCAAAACUUGGCAGAGUUCCAGGUCUUACUGUGCCUCGACAAGGCUUAGCACGGCCAAAGACGGAGGACGAACACGGAAAGAAAUUAGAGGAAGGAAUGGAUUGCGCUGCUAACUCGGUGAAUGAUUCCAAAAACUCAUCAUUUUGUACUGGGAAACCUGGUGGUCAUGUCGAUGUAGACACCUUAAAGCAGAACGAGCAAGAAAUUCAUCAUCGCGCCAAUUUUCCUGAUGGACCUGAGAAGGAUGUUCCGUCCCCCGUAGGCUCUGAAGAAGACGUCAUAAAUGUGCCCGACCCUGAUUUUCACGAUUUUGAUGCCGACCGAACCGAAGCUCACGUGAAGAAGAACCAGGUGUGGGCUGUCUUCGAUGAUACAGAUGGAAUGCCUCGGUUUUAUUGUCAGGUGACGAAAGUCCGCCGAACCCCAUUUAUGGUGUAUGGCUCAUGGCUGGAGCCGGUUCAUCCUCUUAAAGAUUCCUUUCACUGGUUAAACGAACGCGAACUUUCUUUGAGCACUGGUGAAUUUCAGCUUGGUGAUGACAUCGAAUUUGACCAGAUAAACACGUUCUCACACUUAAUGCCAAUCAGGAGAUGCAAAAAUCUAUAUGAAGUCUAUCCGAAGAGGUCUGAAGUGUGGGCAAUUUUCAGAGACUACGAUAAAGAUAUACCGAAGUCUAAUGCCGAUGGAAGAGUUCCAUUCCGGUACAGCUUUGUAGAGAUUAAAAGUGACUUUUCAGCAGUGACUGGGGGAGGAGGUGUAGUGGCGCUAGAGAAGCUCCAAGGAUACAAAACCCUCUGGAUACCUCAGGGAGAUGUGUACCCGCUUUCAGUGAGAACCUUGCACAAAUUUUCACAUCGAGUACCUGCAUUGCGUAUUACAGAAGGUGACUUGCCUGGAGUGCCUGCAGAUUGUCUGGAGCUAGACCCAGCAUCUACCCCAGCUGAUGCUGUAGAAACCUCAGCUAAUGCGACAUAAAAAGUCCACAGUUUGAAGGAAGAUGGGGCAGACGGGAUAUCUGUCUGGCUGCUGCUGCAUAUUGAAGGUGAAUUCUGGAGUCUUUUUUCUUUUUUCAACUUUUUUUUCCCACUGAUGGAUGGAUGUUUGAUACGUGGGGCGGAUAUUCACAAACUUCAUCCAUGUUAUUUCUUCAGAAUUGGUACCAGCUAGUAAUGCGGCUUGUCAAGCAGCGGGCCAUCUCCCUCACAUACUAGUGUUGUUAUUCAGGCUUAUUACCACCUGAGAAACACCUCUUAGGCUCUUACACCAAGAAUUGGUCCAAAUUUACUAUCACAUGCUUUAAGUGAAAAUUGUUUGCAGAGUUAGGAUAGAAAGCAUAGUUGGAAGCUACUUCUCGAAAGUUUUAUGAUAGCUUCGGGAUUUUUUUUAAUGUGUAGAAUAUUUGGCAUGUACAAACUCAGACUCGUACUUUGAUUUUGCUACUUGAUCUUGAGAUGAUUUUUUUGGUUCAUCUUGAGUGGAAUA